AUGCAGGCGUGGGGGCGGCUGGUGUCGCUCAACGGAAGAUGGUCGGACGUUGAGCUGUCGCGGAACAAGAUGAAAUUCGGUAGGAACUCUGCAUGCCAGGUCAAGUAUGAUGAUAUGAGGAUCUCCAACUUGCACUUCUCCAUUGAGAAGAGCAGUGAAACAGAUGAGAAAGCUGUCGUGUGGGAUUACAGCACGAACGGUUUGUUUGUGAAUGGAAAUCUUAUUGGUAGGGGGAACAAGCAAAUGAUAGUGGAUGGCGACAUGCUGUCCUUGAUUGUUGUGCCUGUAAGAAGGUCGGACGGGACGUACCAUCACAGCGAUUCAUCGCUGAACUUCAUCGCAUACAAAUUUCAUUUUGUGAGCGAUGAAGAUGAGACCGUCGAUAUUGCUGAAGUGGAGGAGCAACCCGUAGCAAAAGUUCGAUACCGAGGAGUGAGAUGUGAUGAGGAGGAAGAGCUGGUGAAAGAAGGAGGAGAAAAGAAGACGAUGAAUCAUGAAGGCAUGAAACAAAACUCACAAAGUCUCAAUGAAGAAGUUCCUGCUCUUGCCUCCAACAAUAUAGUUCAUACCCAACCAAACGAGCAAACAAGUUCAUCGAACAAUCAUUUUCACUCCGGAAUGAAGGAGGAGAAGAGGAUGGAGACGACGUCAUCCAGUUCUCGAACAGAACAACAAGUAGCAGUCAAAGUUGAGAACCAAACGAAGGACGAGGUGGAGGAUGAAAAUCCACCGAGUGCAAAGAGGCAGUGCAUAUCACCAAGUGAUGCAUCGAACCCUCGCAAGAGCCUUGACUGGAGUCAGAAUGAGGAGAACGCGGGGAGCUUGCAAGAGUUCGAGGCUCGAUACGAGAAGACGAAUGAGAUAGGAGAAGGCGCGUACGCGAAGGUCUAUGUGGCGGUGAGGAAGGAUACAGAGCAGAAAGUUGCUGUCAAGAUCCUUCACCUUGCAAAGUUGAAAAUCAAUGGCAUCCGAGAUUCGCAGGUCCAAGACGAAAUAAACAUUCAGAUGAAACUAUCUCAUCCCAACAUUGUGAGGAUGCUAGAAUACUACUUCGAUGCGGCAACCAAACGUUUCUUGCUCGUGAUGGAACAUGUUGCCGGAGGAGAUCUCUUCGAGUAUCUCAUCUCAAAACCUGACGAAUGCAUCUCGGAGGAACUGGCGAGGAAAUGGUUCAAGCAGCUGCUUGAUGGUGUAGAAUAUUGUCACUCCAUGGAGGUGAGCAGGAGUGUAGAGGUCGGGGAGAAGUGA